AUGGCUUGGUCUUGGUGCCUGGUUGUAUUCGUGGCUGUUUUAACUCUGCUGCUGGUUUUGCAGGCAAAACUCCGGAUAUCGCUGGAGGGCCGCAGAGGGCCCCCCAGCCUGCCUGCCCUCCCAAUCAUUGGGAGCCUGCUGAGUCUACGAAGCGCACGCCAGCCGCACCUGCUUUUUCAAGACCUGCAAGCAAAAUAUGGACCGACGUAUUCUCUGAUGCUGGGCUCUCACCAAGCCGUCAUUGUGAACCACUACACACACGCCAAAGAAGUCUUGCUGAAGAAGGGAAAGAUCUUCGCAGGAAGACCGAGAACUGUGACCACAGACUUGCUAACCAGAGGCGGGAAAGACAUCGCUUUUGCAGACUGGAGCGCCAGCUGGAGGUUGCAGAGGAAGAUUGUCCAUGGAGCGUUGCACAUGUUCGGAGAGGGAUCAGCCUCCAUUGAGAAGAUCAUCUGCCAGGAGGCCCAGUCGCUGUGUGGCUUCCUGUCUGAGUGGACGCGCAGUGGCCUGGCCCUCAACCUGUCUCCAGAACUCACCCGAGCCGUCACCAACGUCAUCUGCUGCCUGUGCUUCAACUCCUCCUACCGCAAAGGGGACCCCGAGUUUGAGGCCAUGCUGCAAUUCAGCCAGGGAAUCGUGGACACGGUCGCCAAGGACAGUCUGGUGGACAUCUUGCCUUGGCUGCAGAUUUUUCCCAACGCAGACCUGCGCCUGUUGAAGGAGUGCGUGUCAAGGAGAGACAGUCUUCUGCAGAAGAAAUACGAUGAGCAUAAUGCAGACUACAGCGACCACGUCCAGAGAGACGUGCUGGACGCUCUUCUGAGGGCCAAACGCAGUGCUGAGAACAACAACGUGACCGAAAGCACCACAGAGACGGUUAGCCUCAGCGACGACCAAGUGCUCAUGAUUGUGGGCGACAUCUUUGGAGCUGGAGUGGAAACCACUGCUACGGUGCUCAAAUGGGCCAUAGUCUACCUCAUCCAUCACCCAGACGUGCAGAGGGGUAUCCAGGAAGAGCUGGACAUUAAGGUGGGCUGGGGGAGGACCCCUCAGCUCAGUGACAGAGGCAGUCUGCCGUACCUGGAGGCCACCAUCAAGGAGGUGUUACGUAUUCGGCCGGUGGCCCCACUAUUUUUCCCCCAUGUGGCGCUCUCUGACACGAGUCUUGGUGACUUCGUGGUAAAGAAGGGAGUCCGCGUCAUCAUCAACCAGUGGUCUCUGAACCAUGACGAGAGCGAAUGGAAGGACCCGGAGCGCUUUGACCCCGGUCGGUUUUUGAACAGCGAUGGCACGGGUCUGGAAAUGUCCUCCCCCAGCUACCUGCCGUUUGGCGCCGGGAUCAGGGGAUGUCUCGGGGAGGGUUUGGCCAAGAUGGAACUCUUCCUCUUCCUCUCCUGGAUGCUGCAGCGCUUCACUCUCGGGGUGCCAGCGGGCCAAGCAUUACCCAGCCUGGAGGGCAAAUUCGGGGUCAUCCUUCAGCCAGUGAACUACGUGGUGACCGCCACGUCACGGCCGGGAUGGGAGAACAAAGUGCGGUCGGGUGAAAACCUCCCCUGA